GAGGAGAGGGAAUGGAGUAACAGGCGUUCUCGCGAGAGCUGCUUCGUUUCUCAGACUAAGGGUUUGUUAAUAAGCGGUGAAGUGCUGUUUGUGACGGGAAGGUGACAGUGUUUGUAUCUUUUGAGAAUCACAUGUGGAACAAGAAAUGGAAUAUAUGAAAGAGUAUACUCCCCUUCACCAGGGGAACAUCUUAUGUUGCCAGUGUGGCAUUGCAAUCCCACCAAACCCAGCCAACAUGUGUGUAGCCUGUUUAAGAACUCAAGUGGAUAUCACUGAGGGGAUUCCUAAGCAAGUCACUAUUCAUUUCUGCAAACAGUGUGAAAGAUAUCUUCAACCACCAGCAGCUUGGCUACAGUGUGCUUUGGAAUCAAGAGAACUUCUUUCAUUAUGCCUUAAAAAAAUUAAGACUUCUCUUAGUAAGGUUCGGUUGAUUGAUGCAGGAUUUGUAUGGACUGAACCACACUCCAAAAGACUUAAAGUAAAGCUGACUAUACAAAAAGAGGUAAUGAAUGGUGCCAUUCUUCAGCAAGUCUUUGUAGUAGAGUAUAUUGUUCAGUCUCAAAUGUGUGAAGAUUGCCAUCGAGUUGAAGCUAAGGACUUCUGGAAAGCAGUGGUUCAAGUUAGGCAAAAGACACUACAUAAAAAGACAUUCUAUUAUUUGGAGCAAUUAAUUUUAAAGCACAGGCUUCACCAGAACACUCUUCGGAUCAAAGAGAUUCAUGAUGGUUUGGAUUUCUAUUAUGCUUCCAAACAGCAUGCUCAGAAAAUGGUGGACUUCCUUCAGUGUACUGUACCUUGUAGAAUUAAAUCAUCACAGCGUUUGAUUUCUCAUGACAUUCACAGCAAUACGUAUAAUUACAAAAGCACUUUCUCUGUUGAGAUUGUUCCAGUAUGCAAGGACAAUGUUGUGUGUUUGUCACCAAAACUGGCUCAAAGCCUUGGUAAUAUGAGCCAGAUUUGCAUUUGUAUCCGAGUAACCAGUGCCAUUCACAUUAUUGAUCCAAGUACUCUUCAAAUUGCAGAAAUAGAUGGAAAUAAUUAUUGGCGCCAUCCUUUUAAUAGCUUGUUUCAUCCAAAGCAGUUAGAAGAAUUUAUUGUAAUGGAUAUCAGUAGGACCUAUGAUCAGAAGCAAGGUGCUGGUGCAGGCAUGAAAUCCAAUAAGCAUUCCCUUGCGGAAGCCUGGGUUCAGAAAACAUCAGAACUGAAUACAGACCAUCAGUAUUUCUGUCGUACUCACUUGGGGCAUCUUCUGAAUCCUGGAGAUCUUGUAUUGGGCUUUGAUUUGGUUAACUGUAAUCUGAAUGAUGAAUUUGCAAAUAAGAUGAAUCCCCAUAGUGUUCCUGAUGUGAUUUUGAUUAAAAAAAGUUAUGAUCGCACCAAGCGUCAACGUCGCAGAAAUUGGAAACUGAAAGAAUUACAAAGAGACCGAGAUAACAUGGAUACCGACGAUGAAAGACAAUACCAAGACUUCCUAGAAGAUCUAGAAGAAGAUGAAACAAUUAGAAAAAAUGUCAAUAUAUAUAAAAAUCCAGUGGUACCAGUGGAAAGUGACAUAGAUGAUGAUAAUAUUCCCCAAAUCAGUCUCACUGAAAUGCUUGAAGACCUUCAGAUAUCUGAAGAUGCUACAGGGGGAGAAGGUGCCAAUAUGCUAAUGGGAUAAGUCAGGAGGUCUUGCUAAUUGAAUUUGGUUCUUCCUUGAAAAAUAGUCACUAAGAAAUCUAUUACAGGCAUUCUUGACAUGAAAAAUAAAUAAGAUUGCUAAGUUUUGCAAGAGGUUAAAAAACAAAUGUUCCUGAAAGGUAUAGUUUAUAAUGGUUUAUUAAAAAAAGGAAAAAUAAUAUUUAAGUUUUUUAAAAAUUAUGUAUCAACAUAUUGCAGUAAGUUUUAAUGAGAUUUGCUUUAGUAUACUUUAUGACUUUUAAGUGUCAAAAUAUAUGAGUCACGAGAUUAUCAGGCAGAUGAUGCAAAGACUCGGAUUAUAAUUAUAGUACAAUUUAUUUAAUUCAUAUCAUUUGCAUGAUGACAUCAUGCUCCAUAAAAUGUCAUUUCUCCUCUCACCAGCUAUUGUAAUUAAUAAACUAUAUUUUAUGGUUUAGGGCUGUA